CCCCCGCCCGUGGUUAGGGUUCGUGCGGUCUCCAUGGCUGGCGCCGGCAUCCACCCGUUUCACCAGCAGUGGCCGCCCGCAGCGGCGGUGCCCGCGCCUCCCGCCGUCCCACCGCCUCCCCCCGUGCCCGGCGCACCCGAUGCCACCGCCCGCCCCGGCUCUGACGAGGUCCGCACCAUCUUCAUCACGGGGCUCCCCGUCGACGUCAAGGAGCGGGAGCUGCAUAACCUGCUGCGCUGGCUGCCGGGAUUUGAGGCUUCCCAGAUCAACUUCAAGGGCGACCAGCCCAUGGGGUUCGCACUCUUCUCCUACGCGCACCAUGCCAUCGCCGCAAAGGCCGUGCUGCAGGAUCUGGUCUUCGAUGCGGAGACCAAGUCGGCACUGCACAUCGAGAUGGCCAAGAAGAACCUAUUCAUCAAAAGAGGUGUGGGAGCUGAUGCAAAUGCUAUGGACCAAAGUAAACGCCUGCGAACUGGUGGAGACUAUACUCAUUCUCCGUAUGCUCCUCCUCCAUUCCACCCACCCCCACCAGCUGUUUCCAUGUGGGGAACUGCAGGUUAUAUGGCAGCUCCGCCACCUUAUAAUCCUUAUGCUGGCUAUCCUGUGCCGCCGGUACCAAUUGCUUCACCUUCUCCUGUGCCAGGCCCAACAGCAUAUGCUCCUGUGCAGAACAUGAAAGAUAACCCUCCCUGUAAUACCCUUUUCAUUGGAAAUCUUGUAGAAACUGUUGUUGAAGAGGAGUUGCGGGGCCUCUUCAGUGUACAACCUGGUUUCAAACAAAUGAAAGUGUUGCGUCAAGACAGGAACACCGUCUGUUUUAUUGAGUUCGAUGAUGUGAGGGCUGCUUCUGCUGUGCACCAUACUUUACAGGGUGCUGUUGUUCCUAGUUCUGGUCGCGGUGGAAUGCGAAUCCAGUUUUCAAAAAAUCCCUUUGGGCGAAGGAAGGACUUAGUUGGUGGCAUGGUCGGCACUUUGAAUGGAGCUCCUGCUUCAGGGGAUGUAUCUUGAACUUUGGCAUGACAUCUUGAAUUAUCAUCUGCAUUGUUUUAGCCAAAUCUGUUCCCAUCGUGUGCGGCAUCAGCAUCUUCAUUGGGUGGAGUUUCUGGGGCAUGAUCAUCAUCUUCAUCAUCUUCACUAAGUGGAUUUUCUGGGAUAUCAUCAUCAUCUGGUAGACAUUGCAUUGUCAUUUCAUUGUUGCGGUGUCAACUUGUUUAAAUUAGCUACUGUAGUUUGAGAAGGCCCCUCUGAAUGUCUCCUAGACAUGCAUUUGGCAUCUGUCAUGAAUAUUUUUAGUGUUAUGUACUUUUUCCAGUGUGCAGUUGCAACAUUUGAUGUGGUCAUGGCAUUGCCACAUUAUGAUCUGGACAUGCUGUAAUAGUAUAACCGAUUUAUUUGGCUUGCUCA